UUUCCCUUUUCUUGUCUUUUCUUUGUCUUUCCUACUCUCAUCUUCUUUCCCCGUUCUGUUUCGACUUUGCUUCUCAACGUCUGUUCUUGUUGUUGCAGUUGUUAUAUCUUCGAGUACAUACACAGUUCACAAGAUGCGUUUCUCCGUGUUGGUCUGCUCGCUGGCCGGCGUGGCCUCUGCGGCUCCUACGUUUCCCGACUUCAACUUGAAGAACAUUCUCAACCCAGACAACACACUCGAGGCCCUGUCAGAUUACUUCAACACACUGGCCACGAGAGUGCAGUUGGCCAAGGUUCUCGCAGAGCCGCCUACAUGCGACGUUUCCACUGCCAAGAUACCCACUGCACCUGAGCCUCUACCAAGCCCUAGCGAUGGCCUCGCGGUAUCGCACGUGUUCGUCGGCCGCGGCACACAGAACUAUACCUGCGGGGAGGACGCCUCGGAAGCGCCCAAGGCUGCUGGCGCACUGGCACACCUCUUCGACGUGGGCUGCAUCGCGGCGCUCUACCCUGAUCUUCUCACACGCCUGCCCUCCAUGGCUGUGCAAUUCAACUCAACAGAGCUCGGUGCCUCGCCUCUCACUGCCACCGGCAUCCACUACUUCACGGAUGCGACAACGCCGUACUUCAACCUCGGCGGGGAGGACGUGCACUGCAAGAAAGCCAAUGACACUACGGCGCCAAGCACCGCGGCAGUGGGCCAGAAGGGCGAGAGUGCUGUGGCCUGGCUGAAGCUCGACGCUGCCCCAGGGGAUUCCAGCAAGAUCAGGGAAGUAUACCGCGUGGACACGGCGGGAGGCAGUCCCCCUGCUACCUGCGAGGGCAUGGACAAGACAUUCGAAGUGCAAUACUCAGCUACCUACUGGUUCUUCGAUGGCGAUGAGGUUGACAAGAACAGCGAGUAGGGUAAGCAAAAGGUGGAUUCGGCCACGCGGACUUUUUUACUUCUGUCUAUUUCGCUGUGCUUGCCACGGCGGCCAGCAUUCGUAUAUAAUAAAAUACCCUUGCCAGUUCAAGACAUGAGCGUAUGGCAAAAU